GGUGUUGCUCAACUCAACAGAUUUUGUGUUGUGAACAGAAACUCCCAUUUCCUGGAACACAACAAAUGGCAUUUCGUCCAAACCAUGAAUGUCUUCAGGUGCUCUCUGGAAAUUAAGUAAAGUUGAACUCUUAACUCUGGAAAUAUAAACUAAUAUUCAAAGUUGACUAGAAAUGCUUAUAUUUGUCCUCCUGCUGUGUCAUUUCACUUUAUGUGGACACUGUGCUUGUGUGAGAAAACCCCUUCAAAUACCAGCAGAUCAAGACAGUAAAGUGUUUGUUGUGGACCAAGAGGCCAACACAUUUUUAGGACGCCACCUGUUGUUCAACCGCUUCGACUUUGAGAUCUUCACCCCGGGUAAUCUAGAACGGGAGUGCUACGAGGAGAUAUGCAGUUACGAGGAAGCUCGGGAAGUCUUUGAGAAUAUCCCUGAUACAAAUGCCUUUUGGAGGACAUAUACAGAGGAUAAGGGUGAAUCCCAAUCAAAAGUUGAUGUAACAACAUUGCUGGUGGGCAUUAUCUCCGCCGGAGUCUUUAUUGUUAUAGUUGGCCUCGUUAUCUGGUACUUCUGCCAGGGGAGGAAUAAAGACCAUGGCUUCCGGGGCUCCAUCAGACGCCGAUCCACCCGAAGCAAUGCCUCUGUGAUAAUCCGGAGACUGGAGGAGGUCUCUCUGCAUCCUAUUCCUCACACAGGCUCAGAUUCCAGCCCAGAUGCUCAUGGUUUACCUUCUUAUGAACAGGCCAUUGCCAUCAAUGGACCACAUGAUGCCCCACCUCCGCCAUAUCCUGGUUCCAAGCCAGGCAGCAUCCGACGAUAACUAUAUCAUCAUUUGCCAAACUCAAUCAGGAUGGACUAAACCAAUUGUUUUUUUGUUUGGUUGGGUUUUUUUUGUUUUUUUGACUAUGAAUUGAAAAUGUGUUAAACCAAA